GGAAGGAGUUUGCUGUUUUAGACGGGGUGCUCAUGGAACCUCCUCGAGGAGGUGGUGUUUGAACCAAGACCUGAGGGUAGUGAGGGAGCGAGCCAUGCUGGGAGGGGAGGACGACCCUUCCAAGCGUGGGUGGGGGAGUGCGCAGUAGGUGGCAUCUGAGUAAAGGGGAUCUACUGUGUGGGCCUGGGAGCCCCCGUGAGGGUGCUGGCGUCUGCUCUGAGUGGGGCGGGAGCCAUGGAAGAUGUCACGGUCUGUCACCCUGGCUGCUGUGUGGAGUACAGUUUCCCAUCACCAAUUGUUCUGGGAAUUGGACAGAUGGCAGCCACCAUAAUAAUACUGUAUGUCUCCAAGUUAAGUAAAACCAUUCACUUUCCUGAUUUUGAUAAGAAAAUUCCUGUAAAGCUCUUUCCUCUGCCUCUCCUCUACGUUGGAAACCACAUCAGUGGAUUAUCGAGCACGAGUAAAUUAAGCUUGCCGAUGUUCACUGUGCUCAGGAAAUUCACCAUUCCCCUGACGUUGCUCCUGGAGACCAUCAUCCUUGGGAAACGGUAUUCAUUGAACAUCGUGGCCAGUGUCUUCGCCAUCGUCCUCGGGGCCUUUGUAGCAGCUGGUUCCGACCUUGCUUUUAACUUGGAAGGCUAUCUUUUCGUAUUCCUGAACGAUGUCUUCACAGCAGCAAAUGGAGUUUAUACCAAACAGAAAAUGGACCCGAAGGAGCUGGGGAAAUACGGAGUGCUUUUCUACAAUGCCUGCUUCAUGAUGAUCCCAACUUUGAUCCUCAGCGUCUCCACCGGAGACUUCCAACAGGCUACUGAAUUCAACCAAUGGAAGAAUGUUCUGUUUAUCAUUCAGUUUCUUCUUUCCUGUUUUUUGGGUUCUCCUGCAGCAGAGGGGUUGCCUGGGACCCGGGGUAUCCAGGAGCCCAGCCGAAAGACCAGGAGCCGGCUCAAACUCUGUUUUGCUUUGGAAAGCCGUGCUGACGCCAGACUUGACUCCAGACUCGGAUGUGGCUUGUUGAUUGCCAAGAGUUCACCUGGACUGAAGUUUCUCUUGAUGUACUCCACAGCUCUGUGCAGCUACUACAACUCGGCCCUGACGACGGCGGUGGUCGGAGCCGUCAAGAAUGUGUCCAUUGCCUACAUCGGGAUGUUAGUUGGUGGAGACUACGUCUUCUCUGUGUUAAACUUUGUAGGAUUAAAUAUUUGCAUGGCAGGGGGCUUGAGAUACUCCUUUUUAACCCUGAGCAGCCAGCUGAAACCUAAACAACCCGUGGAUGAGGAGAGCGUCCCUCCAGAUCUGAAGAGCUAGAAUGUGGGGAGGAACCGCAGACGGACUCGCCGACUGGGGUCACGGGUGGGGGUCUUACCUCUAGGAUGUGAAGCCAGAGGUUCGGAGUUGGGAAUUCACUCCCCUGGCUCAAGCACAAGUGGAAUGUAUGCAAAAUGCCAAGAAAACUACCUCACAUGCCUUCUUCACGCACGAGCCCUCACUGCCCUGAAGGCUGUGUGUGCAAAGCCUUCCACAUGCUUCUCAGUAAGCCCCGGCCGCGUGCAGAGGUGGACCAUGGAGCGCCCCGCCGCGCCUGCACUGCCCCCGGCUCAUCGCAGGGCCUCGUGAAGGGCUGGCAGGUGCAGGAGGACCAUUUUCUUAUUAGCAACCUGGCCGCUAAAGCAAAGGGCCGGUGAGGACAUUUUUCCAGUUUACACAGACACGUCUUGAUUGUAAUAAAAAUAACCAAUCAACAGCCAGUAAGGUCGUUAGCUUUGAUGUAAGCUAACAUCUGAUGAUUUUCCUAAUCAUCUGAGUCAAAUAAAAUGCUAUUUCUACA